UUUUGUUGACCUGGUUGCUUGUUUUUAUCGCGAGAUUUGGCAACAUAUUUGGUCCUGGGACCCGACACUGCUUUUGCUAAGAGAUACUGACAGCUGGGCUCAAUCUGGCCUUGUUUUUUAAUUGUUACCAAGUUACAUGUACAGUGUGUUAAAGUUACAGUCAUCUGUUUUCACUCUGACACACGCGUAUCUGCUGCUAAAUGCACGAGUUUGUGGACGUAACAAUGUGAAAGAAAAGCGACAAUGUGAAUAGAAGGAGUCACAGGGAAGUCUUCAGGGCCAAUACGACCGUAGACGUCUUUUCUCAUACUAUGGUGAAAAAACGAAUCCAAAGUGUCUCAGCAGUCGGUGGAGCUUUUUACAAAACCACCCAUGAUUAGUGAGGAAAUGGAUGUCUUCACCGCACCUCAUGUUUCCCUGCAUGACUGUAUUUGGGAGAAGACACGCCCACCCUAAUAAAGCCUGGACUUUCUCUCCUCCAAUUCAAACAAAGGAGAAGGCGACGGGUUCGCGGUGACGCGCACUGAGCAUCCGAGCACCUUGGAGACACCACGAGUCUGUACUCACAGCGACGCACCGGCACAGACAGACAGAGACGAGAGCACACACGCCCCCCUCAAGACCCACCUGAAACGCAGCAGCCGGUCAGUGGUUCAGUUUGAAGGCCGUGGAAGGAGACGCCGUUCCCCGUACGUUUAAAGCCAGGACACCGUGUUCCCAUGAUGUCAUACCUGUGGAUUCUGCUAUUAGGGAGCCUGCUGGUCACCGGCGCCAAAGCACAAGAAGAAGAAGCUGCUGCUGAGACCACAGACCCUGAUGCACCAGCGCCAGAUGCUGAGGCAGUUCCUGAGGCUGUCGAGGAUGUAGCAGCACCUGAAGAAGAUCCCGCAGACCCAGCAGCACCUGUAGAAGACACUGCAGACACAGCAGCAUCUAAAGAAGACACUGCAGCCCCAGCUGCACCUGUAGAAGACACUGUAGACACAGCAGCACCUGUAGAAGACACUGUAGACACAGCAGCACCUGUAGAAGACACUGUAGACACAGCAGCACCUGUAGAAGACACUGUAGACACAGCAGCACCUGUAGAAGACACUGUAGACACAGCAGCACCUGUAGAAGACACUGCAGACACAGCUGCACCUGAAGAAGAUCCCGCAGACCCAGCAGCACCUGCAGAAGACACUGCAGACACAGCUGCACCUGAAGAAGAUCCCGCAGACCCAGCAGCACCUGCAGAAGACACUGCAGACCCAUCAGCACCUGUAGAAGACACUGUAGACACAGCAGCACCUGUAGAAGACACUGCAGACACAGCAGCAACUGAAGAAGACACUGCAGCCCCAGCAGCCCCUGUAGAAGACACUGUAGACACAGCAGCACCUGUAGAAGACACUGUAGACACAGCAGCACCUGUAGAAGACACUGUAGACACAGCAGCACCUGUAGAAGACACUGCAGACCCAGCUGCACCUGAAGAAGAUCCCGCAGACACAGCAGCAACUGAAGAAGACACUGCAGACACAGCAGCAUCAAAAGAAGCCACUGCAGACACAGCAGCACCUGUAGAAGACACUGUAGACACAGCAGCACCUGUAGAAGACACUGUAGACACAGCAGCACCUGUAGAAGACACUGCAGACACAGCUGCACCUGAAGAAGAUGAUACAGAAGAUGAUGCAGCACCUGGUCCAGAGGCUGAAGUACCUGCUGUGGUGGACAGUGUUGCAGCAGAGACUGAGGCAACAGGAGACAAAGAAGAAGAUCUAGAUGAUCCUGACAGUGAUACUAAUUCAAACGUUGUUAACGAGGAAAUCGUAGUGCCGAAAAGCAGGUCCGGAGUGAAUGCCCAGAGCCCCAUGGGUGACGAGGACAAUGCUGCUCUUCAGGUGAAUGCAGCGCCUGUAUCUGGCUCCUCAGUGGAUGAUAACACCGAGACCAAAGAAGCCAGCUCCAGCUCUGUAGCAGGUGUCGUGUGUGGAAUUGCCGUCGCUGCUAUUGGAGCCGUGGCAGGAUAUUUCACAUAUCAGAAGAAGAAACUGUGCUUCAAUACCAGACAGGAACCCGACCCAGAAGCUGGGCGCAAGGCUGACGUAGCAGAGGCUCAGUCAGAUCCCCAAGUCCUUAGCAACCUGCUGACCUCUUCUUAGACCGGCACUGAUCACAUGACCGACUGUCUGGACCAACUACAGUCAGCGGUGUGGAAAUCUCACUGUUAGACUCUCUCCUUUGUAAAGUGAGAGAUUACUGUGAGGCCCUGGGGUAGGGCAGUUUGUGUGUGUAUGUGGCUGUGUGUGUGUGUGUGUGUGGAUGUUUGAAGGUAUGUGCGCAUGUGUGUGGGAAAAAUAUAGAUAACAAAAAUCAAAUAAAUAGCCUCCAUUUAAACAUUGGGGGUUUAUUGAUUGCUAUAAUUUAGAAAAUGUAUAAAAUACUUGGUCAAAUUUUCUACUUUAAAAACCAAAUCGAAUGUCUUUAUCAAAGGGGACACUAAAGCGAAGAGAUCUCCAGUUAACUAUGACCAUUAGCUACAGUAGCUCAGAUACUACACAGAACUACCUUUUUUUAUUGUUAUUUGUAUGACUGCAAUCUAGCUUUAGUAAGUCCUUGUGAAUAUAAACAGAGAUAUUGAUGUGGUAGUUGUUUAACUCGAUUUCCUGUCAGCCAAAUUCUUCAUUUUUCUCACUAUUUGAGCCAUCCGUAUCAUUUUCAAAAUCCAGCAGCCGUGGAUCGUGUGAUCCAUCCACAUGUUUUGUAAAGUCCAACCCAUUGAGUGAAUCAUAGUCUUCACUUUUAAAUACAAGUAUCUGUAGUAUACAUGUAGGAUAGACGAAUAACAGGGGCUUCAAUAACUACCACUGCCUGUCUUGAUUUUGUUGCGUAUUAACAUGAAAUGGCUCCUUUUCACAGUAGACUUUUUGACUUGUCCCUGGUAGAAGAGGCAGAGGCCUUUAUGAGUACCUGAACCACGGCUUUGUUCUAUUCAAACGCCCCAGUCAAAAACUGUUCUUGAAAAUGCCAGCCAAAACCCAAACUUUUGGGAAUAGUCUUAAACGGUCCAAUCUGUGUUCAGAGGGCCAAUGAUGUCACUGUAUAUGUGUGUGUGGGUGUGUUUGUCUUUUGAUUGGUGAAGGGGCUUAGUUUUAAAUCUUGUUGGGUCUAAUUAGAACACUUACUACUCAGCAAAUGGAAUAAAUGAAAUGGAGAAAUUUGCAAAGGAACACUUAAAAGUCAAUGGUGAAAAAAAAAGAAACAAUUUAAUACGUAUUAAUACGAUUCUUCUACCAGUAUUUUCCCUGUAAAAAAAAUAUGUACAUUUGAGAGGAGAGGUGAAGUAAAAUUCUGUCCUAGUUGAUGGACGUUUUCAUGACAUGAGCCGGAGGUCAUGCACUUGUGUGUUAGACAUUGCUCUAAUGUACUUUGUGGAAAUCUAGUUGUGAUGCAGUAGUUUGUUUUCUAUAGUGCCUUUCACUGACACAGACUGACUUGGUCAAGUUACAGACACAGAGAAGAGAGUUCAAAAUCUGAUCUUGAACCCCGGAAUAGUGGUUGAAAAUCUUUUGAAAAUUGAAAGUUUUUACAACCAUUUUGUGGCAUCAUAAACAGUCGUGUUGUGUUCCGCUGUGGGAUUCUGCUGACUUUGUGUCUGUUUAUCUGGGCAAGUCAGUUACUGUCGUGGUGUUUUUGCUAUCAUCCAUACUGCCACAUCGCAAACAUCGCUCGCCUGUGGUUUUUAUAUGAAUUCACUAUCCUGUGGCAGUGGUGCCUCUGUGCCGACACAGAACAUCUCUAGUCAACCUGCUUGCUGUGGUAUUUUGUGAUAAUUAUUGUGAAAUCCCAAAACAGUGCUGUUUAAAACAAACAAACAAACAAAAAAAAGCCUAACAAUUUUCUUAGCUGUAGCAAAUAAUAUUAACUUCUGAAUGUCUUUUUGUUGCCUUGCAUUUUUGUACUUGAUCCCUUUAAACGUAGGGCAGUAGAAGUGGCGUAGUGCUGCGGUUCAUGUAUUAGUGUAUUACCUUGUAAAGCACCAUAUAGCUGCAAUACAGGACAGAGACUGUUGCUAACAGCCUUGCCUCGAGCUGAGAAAUGUUAAGUCUGUGAUGUCGCGUAAUGAUUAAUUCUACUGUAUGAACUGUGGACCGGAUGCUAGCUCGACGUUUAGUCGGAGCUGACUUCUCAUCCUGAAAUCUGUGACAAACCGAGUGUCUCUGGGCACACUGAAGCUGUGUGUCCUGAGAGCUCCUCUGAUAUCUGCUACAUUGGCAUAAAAAUGCACAAGGUACCCACUAGACAAAAGUACAAGCUUUCAGAUAUAGCCACUGAUGCCUUCGGAACAGAGGAUUCCCAGCCACUAAGUGCAGCAGCAAUCAGCAUUAGCACACAGAUUGCCUGUAGAAUCACAAACCGUACUAUGUGGAAGUGCAGGAGGAAGGGAUGACCUUCUCUCCUGCCCAGUGUUUUGGUUUGAUGAGGAAUCAGAACCGCCCCCCCGCCCCCCCACACACCCCCGUAAUCCACAAACUAUUACCAACGUGAAUGUAAAUAAAGGGAAUCUUCAAGUUACUGGGUCCUAAAGUGCACUUCCCAAUCAGUUAGGGCAUCAAUCAUGGCACUGACCAUUCCUGCCUUAUUCCACCUGGUGAAUGUCCCAGAGAGGAAAGCAAAGAACAAUGUCAUCAUCCCAGAGAAACGAUGAAACAAGCAGAGAUGUUUUGCAGGUUAUUUUAUAAACAAUCUCUACGGGAGAAGCACUUUCCUAUCCUGUAUACAUCUUGAUUCAUUCAACAUAUUAAGACACUAAAUUUUUCACAGAUUAUUGCGUGACUUUAUUUAAAGAUCCUGUGUUUUAGUUUUUAUAGGAACUGUCUUCUUCAUUUUGUCCCCUGGCAUUUGUGUUGGUCUUCUGCAAUUGUGUAAAUAAUGUUUGAGGAGUCAAUUAAAUGUGGGAGUUGGUGUGUUAUUCCCCUGAAAAAAA